CAGGCCUCCUUUUGUGCAAUCCAGACGUCGUGGUCCAAACGCGGAUCGGCGGUGCCGACGGCCGGGAACCCCCCUCGCGAUUAACGCCCGAGCGAGAUCGCUAUCCGUGGACCGUGGUUGUCGCCGUCCUCGUCGGUUCGUCCCCAUCGCACACCCUACUCCCCCGGUCGUCAGCCCUCAGCACUCAUCCGGUCAUCCCCAAACCCCAGAAACCUCCUUGGAACCAACUGAAGAUGCCCGACCAGACGUCGGCUGCGGCCGCGGGCGGCGCGGCGUUCGACCGUUGCCUGCUGGCGCUGUACCUCAUCAGCCCGCUCACUGUUCUGGCGCUCCGCUUCAUCUCCGCGCCGUACGGCAAGCUAUCCCGGCCGGGCUGGGGCCCCGUCCUACCGGCCCCACUCGCGUGGUUCCUCAUGGAGAGCCCCACCCUCUGGCUCCCACCGCUCGUCCUCCUCCGCUGGCCGCCGCCGCCGCUCUCCGGCCCACUCGCCGCACUCCCCGCCGCGCUCUACGCGUUCCACUACGUCCACCGCACGCUGGUCCACCCGCUCCGCCUCGCCCGCCUGCGCCGCGCCCCGGCCCCCGUGCCGCUCCUCAUCGCCGCCUGCGCCUUGGGAUUCAAUAUCCUCAACGCCUACCUACAGGCCCGCUCCUUCGCCCUCCACGCCGGCCGCCAGGCGUCCCCCUUCCGCUGCCUCGCUGGGCUGGCCCUCUUCGCGUGGGGAAUGCGGACGAACAUCGCGGCGGACAAGGAGCUGCUGCGGCUCAAGGAGGCCGGAGGCGGGUACAAGAUCCCGAGGGGCGGGUGGUUCGACCUCGUCACCAGCCCCAAUUACUUCGGCGAGACGGUGGAGUGGCUGGGCUUCGCCGUGGUGGCGUGGACGCCCGCGGCCUGGGCGUUCUUCCUCUACACCUGCGCCAACCUCGGGCCGAGGGCCAGGGACCACCGCCGCUGGUACGUGCAGAAGUUCCGCGGCGAGUACCCGGCGUCGCGCAAGGCGUUCAUCCCCUACAUCUACUAGGUGACGGGAACGUCUUGCCGCGGUGGCUUCUUCCCUGCCGCUGCUGACGUCGUCGCCGUUUGUGUCUGGUGAGCAGGUGAUGGCCGUGGUUUCGGUUCGUUCUUCUUGGCCGCCUUAUCUUCCUUCGCGGCGGAGCAGAAGCAGGAGAGCAGGCUGAGUUUGCCCAUGUUUCGACUCGACGAGAAGGCGAGUAGACGACAGAGAACCUGCGAUGCGAUUAGCUGCGCGAGACUGCAACCUGUUGAAUCUAAUGUUCUUACUAUUGCUGCUGUCGAUGAUUUUAUAGAUGUACAGGCAGAGUUGAAUAUAAAGCCGGCUGAGGCAUAACCUGGUUACUCUCGUGUUUGUACUAUGUUCCGACUCGAACAGGAUUGACUCAAGUCUAAUGUAUUGGGCAUGGACAGAAUCUCUAA